AUGGCCUUCAUAUCAAUGGCUUGGAUUGGGCUCAUAAUAAGGCAAUCAGAUCUUUCAGCAAGCACCCCGAAGACACAAACAUGUGGAUGCAAUCCUGAAUACAAUGCCAAACAAGAGAGAGCACAACUUUUUAUCACCUCACAGAAGAACAUUAAACUUUUCUGGUCCUGCAUUUAUUCAUUCAGGAAUUUAGAAACAGUCUGGUCUUCAAACUAUAACCACCAAAGGAUGGAGAACAUAUCUAAAGGCAAUCAGAUCUAUAUAGGGCCAACAAACAAACAAAUUUAUCUCUACUCUUCCUGAACAUAUGUAUGUGUGAAGAAAU